GAACAAAAAAAAAAAAACAAAAAAACGGAAAAGAAAAAAAUCAAAACAACAGAGAGAAAAAGGAGGAGAGAGAGAGAGAGAGAGAAAAAGGGGCGUGGGAAACCCUCCCUCGCAAUUCCCAAACCCAAACCCUUUCACAUUUGGCGCCCAAUUCUCUGCGAUUUCACCACCAAUCCCAAUCCCAAUCCCAAUCCAAGCUCCAUUCAUUCUCCCGAUCGGAUUCCGCCAUGACUCAGCCUCCGCCGCCUCCGGCAGUUCCGCCGGGCCCUCCUCCUCUUCUUCCGGGAUCCGUCGCGGCAGGCGGCGGCGGAGGCGUUCAGGUGCGGUGCGCCGGAUGCCGCUCGAUCCUGACGGUGGCGGCGGGUGUUACGGAGUUCGUCUGCCCCACCUGCAAAUUGCCCCAAAUGCUGCCGCCGGAGCUCAUGAGUAGGGCCCACCACCACCAGCAGCCGAAACCCCUGUCCAUCGCUCCUCCUCUUACGCCGCCUCUGCCUCUUCCUCCCGCUCCUGCGCCUUCGGUUCCUCCGCCGCCUUCCCACGUGCCGGCGCACGGCAUCGAUCCGACGAAGAUCCAGCUUCCUUGCGCCAACUGCAAGGCCAUCCUCAACGUCCCCCACGGCCUCACCAGGUUCAAUUGCCCGCAAUGCUCCGUUGAUCUGGCCGUCGACGUCUCCAAGCUCAAGCACUUCUAUCCUCCUCCGCUACCACUUCCGCUUCCGCCUCCUCCGCCUCCCGAGGAGGUCAACGAGGUAGCCAUUGAAGUGGAGCGGGAAGAAGAUGAAGGAGGAAUGGCGGGAGAAACAUUUACAGACUAUCGCCCUCCAAAACUAUCUAUAGGACCUUCCCAUCCGGAUCCUGUUGUGGAGACAUCUUCCUUGGCUGCUGUACAGCCACCUGAGCCUACUUAUGAUCUGGAAAUCGGAGAUGAAUUGGAAAUAUCCAAGGCUUUAUCUUGUUUGCAGAUUGAGACAUUGGUUUAUGCUUGUCAGAGACACCUCCAGCGACUACCUAGUGCCGCUAGGGCAGGAUUCUUUAUUGGAGAUGGAGCAGGUGUGGGUAAAGGUCGAACAAUUGCAGGGUUAAUUUGGGAAAAUUGGUAUCAUGGGAGGAGAAAAGCAUUGUGGAUUUCUGUUGGUUCAGACUUGAAGUUUGAUGCAAGAAGAGACUUGGAUGACGUGGGUGCUACAUGUGUUGAAGUUCAUGCAUUAAACAAGCAGCCAUAUUCUAAGCUUGAUUCAAAGUCGGUUGGCAUAAGGGAGGGAGUUGUGUUCUUGACGUACAGCAGCCUCAUUGCGUCCUCUGAGAGAGGUCGUUCUCGUAUGCAGCAGCUUGUUCAGUGGUGUGGACCACACUUUGAUGGUCUCGUUAUAUUUGAUGAGUGCCAUAAAGCCAAAAAUCUGGUACCUGAGGCUGGAAGUCAACCAACACGAACUGGUGAAGCGGUUCUUGAAAUUCAGGCUCGACUUCCUGAAGCUCGUGUUGUUUACUGCUCAGCAACUGGUGCAUCGGAACCACGCAAUAUGGGUUAUAUGGUCCGUCUUGGCCUUUGGGGACCUGGAACAUCUUUCAUUGAUUUUCGAGACUUUUUAGGUGCUCUUGAAAAAGGAGGUGUUGGAGCCCUUGAACUUGUUGCCAUGGAUAUGAAAGCGAGGGGAAUGUACGUAUGUCGUACACUUAGCUACAAAGGGUCAGAGUUCGAAGUUGUUGAAGCACCAUUAGAACCUGAAAUGAUGGAAAUGUACAAAAAAGCAGCAGAAUUUUGGGCAGAGUUGCGUGUGGAAUUACUAACAGCUAGUUCUUUUCUUACUAACGAGAAACCUAAUUGUAGUCAACUAUGGAGAUUAUAUUGGGCAAGUCAUCAGCGUUUCUUUAGACAUAUGUGUAUGUCAGCUAAGGUGCCUGCUGCUGUAAGGCUGGCUAAGAAAGCAUUGCAGGAAGAUAAGUGUGUGGUUAUUGGUCUUCAGAGUACUGGAGAGGCACGUACCGAGGAAGCAAUUACCAAAUAUGGGCUUGAACUUGAUGAUUUUAUAUCUGGGCCUCGAGAGCUGCUGCUGAAAUUUGUCGAAGAAAAUUACCCUUUGCCCGAAAAACCCGAACCUCUCCAAGGAGAAGAAAGUGUAAAGGAGCUCCAGAGGAAGAGGCAUUCGGCGACACCUGGGGUUUCAAUGAAAGGGAGAGUGAGAAAAAUUGCAAAGUGGAAACCUGAUAGUGAUGAUGAAAGUGAAUUUUCUGAGUCUGAUUCUGGUAAUGAAUCUAACGAAUCCGAUGACGAGUUUCAAAUAUGUGAGAUUUGCAAUUCUGAAGAGGAAAGAAAGAAAUUGCUCCAAUGUUCUAUCUGUGGUAAACUUGUCCAUCCUGCGUGUCUUGUUCCCCCUAUGGCAGAUUUAGUCUCAGGAGAUUGGUCAUGUCAUUCGUGCAAGGAAAAAACUGAGGAGUAUCUUCAAGCAAGACAUGCCUAUAUAACUCAAAUGUUAAAGAGGUAUGAAGCGGCUUUGGAGCGUAAAUUACAUAUAUUGGAGUUAAUUCGUUCGAUGGGUCUUCCAAAUAAUCCUUUAGAUGAUAUCAUCGAUCAGCUGGGCGGCCCUGAUAAAGUGGCUGAAAUGACUGGUAGGCGUGGAAUGCUUGUAAGGGCCUCUAAUGGAAAAGGUGUAACUUAUCAGCAACGAAACACGAAGGAUGUUACCAUGGAGAUGGUCAACAUGCAUGAGAAGCAGCUUUUCAUGGAUGGUAAGAAGUUGGUUGCUGUAAUUUCUGAAGCAGGAUCAGCUGGUGUUUCUUUGCAAGCAGAUAGAAGAGCAGCAAAUCAAAGAAGAAGGGUCCAUUUGACAUUAGAACUUCCAUGGAGUGCAGACCGUGCAAUUCAACAGUUUGGAAGAACUCAUCGCUCGAAUCAAGCAUCUGCACCUGAAUACAGACUACUUUUUACUAAUCUUGGUGGAGAACGACGCUUUGCAUCGAUUGUUGCCAAGAGAUUAGAGUCUCUCGGAGCCCUAACACAGGGAGAUCGCAGGGCAGGACUGUCUUUAAAAGAAUACAAUUAUGAUAGUGCUUACGGAAAGAGGGCACUGGUGAUGAUGUAUAAAGGAAUUAUGGAGCAGGAUGUUCUGCCUGUUGUACCUCCUGGAUGCUCAUCCGAAAAGCCGGAAACAAUCAAAGAUUUUAUUGCAAAGGCACAGGCUGCUCUGGUUGCAGUAGGAAUACUUAGGGACAGUGUUGUUGGUAAAGAUUCCGGGAGGAUAACUGGUCGAAUUGUUGAUUCUGACAUGCAUGAUGUUGGUCGUUUUCUUAAUCGCAUAUUGGGACUCGUGCCUGAUAUUCAAAAUAGGCUUUUCGAGUUAUUUGUCAGCAUCUUGGAUCUUCUUGUUCAUAAUGCUCGGAUUGAGGGGAAUCUGGACUCUGGGAUUGUUGAUAUGAAAGCUAACAGUGUGGAACUACAAGGAAAACCGAAGACUGUCCAUGUUGAUGAAAUGUCUGGGGCUUCGACAGUGCUUUUCACUUUUACUUUGGAUCGUGGGAUCACGUGGGAGUCUGCAAGUACCAUUCUAGAAGAAAAACAAAAGGAUGGGCUCAGUUCAAGCCAUGAUGGAUUCUACGAAUCAAAGAGGGAGUGGUUGGGAAGACGUCAUUUCAUUUUAGCAUUUGAAAGUUCUGCUCCUGGAUUGUACAAGAUAGUCCGUCCUGCUGUUGGAGAGUCACUAAGGGAAAUGCCUUUGGCAGAGCUGAAAAGCAAAUACAGGAAAACUUCAUCUCUAGAGAAGGCUCGCAGUGGCUGGGAAGCUGAAUAUGCCGCUUCGUCCAAACAGUGCAUGCAUGGUCCCAAAUGUAAGCUUGGCAACUUCUGUACUGUUGGCAGAAGACAACAGGAAGUAAAUGUUUUAGGUGGCCUCAUACUUCCUGUCUGGGGCACCAUCGAGAAGGCCCUUUCGAAGCAGGCCCGCCACAGCCAUAAGCGGCUUCGUGUUGUACGAAUAGAAACUACUACAGAUAACCAGCGAAUUGUUGGACUAUUUAUCCCAAAUUCAGCAGUUGAAACAGUGCUUCAAGAUCUAGCAUGGGUUCAGGAUAUCGACGAUUGACAUGAAGAAGCUGUAUUUUGAUCAAGUGGGUAAUUGGUUGUAGCUAUCAGACAAGUAGCAAAGAUUGCUCGUGGCAAAAAGAAUUUUGCACCUGCUUAUUGCUUCCAGACUAUGUUAAAUAAAAAAUAAAAAAAAAGAAAAAGAAAAGAAAAGAACAAUCCCAUAUCCACGCGAGAGAAGAUUCUGCAACCCUCGAUCGAAUGCAACAACUGUGCAGCCAUUCACUUCGAUUUUUGUUUUAUAUUGGCUCCAUUUUUUGGCCCUAUAAU